AUGUCUCCUUAUCGAAUGGUCUUUGGGAAAGGCUGCCAUCUUCCGGUAGAGCUUGAACACAAGGCAUAUUGGGCUAUUAAGCAGUUUAACUUUGAUAUUGAUGAUGCAGGUAAACUUCGGUCUAGGUGGAGUGGGCCUUUUGUUAUACUUAAUGUGUUUGCUCAUGGUGCAGUAGAGGUCAAAAAUCUAAAGAAUAGGAAUACGUUCAAAGUGAACGGACAUAUGCUCAAACAGUUUUAUGAGCUUGUAGCAGUGAGAGAUAUGGAAGAAGUACAUCUUCGUGAUCACGUGCUAGUAGAGCAAUGA